CUCGUGCUUGCGGAUCAAGCAGAGUUCAUCGAACAUUUUCAAUGCCAUGAACUUGGAGAAAACAAAGUCAUGAUUCCUUCACACAUUGCCAUCACUCGAACUCACAUGCACAUAUUGAGAGAUGUCGAUAAGAAGCCUGGCGUUGUUACAACCGAGGCUCGACACCCAUUAUCUUCGGUUUUGCGAGUCACGAGCAAGAAGAAAGUGCCCGAAUUGUUGACAUUCAAAUUUGGUUAUGAAGUCAACGGAGUGUCGAAGAUCACUUCCGUACACAGAUUUCUUGUACCAAAAGCCGGAGAGUGCGCCAAAGCUGUAAAGACAGCUAUUUUCGCUCUUCGUCCUCUGUCGGAUUCUGAAUCAACCGAAGUAGGCUUUGCUACAGGCUGA